UCCAGCCAUUCCGAGCUGAGCCUGAGUUUCAACGCAUCUCAGAUCGUCGAAUCUUUCUAUUUUGCCCCUACCUUUCCUGUGCUAACACUAAUGGAAUUCCCCUUUACCCAACAAUCGAAUUUGUCCGUGACGAUGUGUUCUUCAUUCCUCUCAUCACUGCCUGCCUACAAAACCUCGAGUGGCCGGCCUAUCGUAUAUCUUGGCCGCCGGAACUACAGAGUUGGUGCAUCUCACUUCGGUCGGUGAACACUGGGAGUUCUCAAGCCGCACUAGGAACCCCGUUUGCCAAAACUUGAGCUUCACGUCUCUUCUGGCAGCAAUAGACGUCCCCCAAGCCUCACUGCCUUUACAUAGGGUGUACGGUGCCAACAUCCUACAGCCAGCCUAGCCCUAGGACUCACCACCAGGCGGCUUCCCGCUUAACAUUCGAUGUCGUGAUAAUCGAAAGGCACCACGAUACCAGUUGAAGAUGAACAUCACCAUCUCCGUUCCGUCGGGAACCGUCAAUCACGGCGACCCAAGACUCAUCUGCACCCCGCCAAUCUGGACCGAUUUCGUCAUCUUCUACGCAACGAAUUAUUUCGUCCACGCCCUGACACUCCCCAGCCGGCCCGGCGAGUCCGUCCUCGAGACCUGCUUCACCGUCAUCACGGCACUGUUUCUCCCGAGCACCGGCUCCCUGCGAGCCGCCCGCUGGCUUCUUUCUCACGCAGGAACCGUCAGACGCGACGAACUCAGCCGGGCCACCAGGGCUGGCGCACUAUGCAUGAUCGUCGACGAGACUGAGAGGUCCAAGGUCUCGUGGAUCGAGGCAUCCUUGAGGAGGAUGAACUUUCAAAGGGCGCGAAGCUGGUCAGUGUACGAUACUCCCACCCCCUCCUGGUAUCGGUCUCGCUUUCGAGGUGCCGGCCGUUGGGUCCACUCGUCCCGGACCAUCCAUGGGACUUGUGUCCUACCCAAGGGGUUCAUUCUGGUCGAGGUGCCCGUCGGUACGCCACUGAUGCCGCCGCCAGGCUCGGGGGCCAGCCAUCUUGACCGCUCAAACAUUCAGUUGGGCAGCACUUACAACAUACCAAAGGCGCUGUUCGCUCUGGGCCAGGCCGCAUGGGGUAUCACGACUGUCUACCGGACCCAAGGUGACCAGCUUGACAGGUACGGCUACGCGGCUUUCGGCGUGACUGUGGCCCCAUAUGCCUUCAUGUCUCUGGUCAACUUGAUUGCGCUCAUCGUCACUCCCGAGUAUAACUGCAUCUACCUGGUUCACACACCAGACCUCGACAAGGCGAGAAGACGAGGCGGCAGGUUCUGCGGCAUGGUCGCAAGUGUCGACCUCGAUAGCAUCAAGGAGCCGUUGAGGACAUUCUGGCCCUCUCAAGCAGCCCACACCUCGUACUUUGCCGUCACGACGGUUCUUUUGUUGUUCCCGGCAGUCCUCGUCGCCGCUCUGACCGGCUUCAAUCCGGGCCGCAGCACCGUCUACCAGCGGGUAUGGAUUCUCUGCUGGAUUGCCUUUGGCAUCGUCAUGGGCCCCAUCAUCAGGAUGCUCACCGUGUUUCCUUCCGAGAUCCACGGCGUGUACAGGAUUCGCGCGAACGACGCGAUAGCGUACGCGCUCGACAACGCCACGUUCAUGCAGAGAGUGAUCGACUGGCUGGUUGCGAAAUAUUUCCGCCUGAUCGAGACUUCGUUCUAUGUGUAUGUCGUUCUUGGGGCCGCGAUCUGCUUCACGCCUGCCAUAGGAGGCAUGGUUGUGGUUGGCGAGAUGCUACAGGAGUUUGGUGUAUGUAGACGUCUCGACAGGUAGGGCAUAUCGUAUACUCAGGAUCGCUGCGUCGCAAGCGGUGGGAAAGUGUGUUGUCCACCAUAAAAAUCAAGUUCUAU